AUGUGCAGCUGGCAAGGAGAGACACUAUGUUUCACAGUGGAUUUCGCUUUGGGUUUCACCUGUUUCGACAGUAAGACAAAGAAUGUGCUAUGGAGAUUUAAAUUCUCUCAGCUUAAGGGAUCUUCAGAUGAUGGAAAAACUCGAGUCAAGCUGCUGUUUCAAAAUCUGGACACCAAACAAAUUGAGAUGAAGGAGCUCGAGUUCCAGGAUCUGACCGCCGUUCUGCACUGCGUACAUGCCUUCAUAGCAGCCAAGGUGGCCACGGUGGACCCCAUGUUUAUAGACAAUCACAGUAUCACAAGAAAGUGUAUGCAUAGCCACUGAAAAUUGCUUAUGCCGAGUGCUGAAAAAUUAAAUUAUUUUCUUAAG